AAGAGUCGCUCAGAAACCAACCCCUGCUCCUGGGCUCUGGCACUUUCUUCUUUCUCACACACUAAAAGUUUACGCCGAGCGUUUGGGUAUUUCAUUACGCAAGAUUCCCAGCUUGGAUUUGGACCACUUCAUCUAAAAAUCCUUUAGCGAUUUUAUGUGCUAUUACUAGUUAUCAUCACAUCAUUUGCUUUCGGAGAUUCAGAGCCUCUGCAUGCUCAUCACAGUAAGCUGAAAUGGAUCAGCAAAGAUUUUCAGAAGAGAUGCCAUUUAAAACUGCACACUUAAAAAGCAACAAAGCAUUGUUUGACUGAGUUCAUGCAAUCUCUGCAGUGACUUACUGGCUUAAUGAUUUCUUCAAUGGAUGUCAUUUUGAACUUGAUAACACCAGACUGCUCUCCGUCCACCUCCCCAACCAACACAAUCGAAAGGCUGGAGGGCAGUGUCACCCAGGCUGCGCUAUCUUCAUCGUUUGUGGGUGAUGGUUUAUUAGUGGGGUCAGAGGACGCAAGUCUUGACCCCCAGCGCACACGGCAGGCGAUUGCACAACUGCAGCAAAAGAUCUUGAAACUUACAGAGCAGCUGCGCAUCGAGCAGGCAGCUCGUGAUGAGAACGUUGCAGAGUACCUCAAACUGGCCAGCAAUGCCAAUGACAAACAACAGAGCAUGCGUAUCAAACAGGUGUUUGAAAAGAAAAAUCAGAAAGCAGCAGCCAGCAUCGCCCAGCUGCAACGCAAGCUUGAACACUACACUCGACGCCUGCGUGACGCUGAGCACAGUGGCAUUCAGAGGCACCCCAAAUAUGUUUUGCGGGACAUGCAACAAGGUCUGCGGGAUGUGGGCGCCAGAGUCAUUUCGGGGCUCAGCGAAGGAGUUGUAGACAGUGUCAAAGGCGGACUGUCAAGCUUUUCGCAUGCCACACACUCUGCCGCUGGGGCUGUGGCAUCCAAACCUCGUGAGAUUGCCUCAUUGUUUCGCAACAGGUUCGGGAGUGCUGACAAUAUAAAUAUUCUAAAGGAUAGCAUGGAGGAUGGUGAUGAUGACAUAACCCCUACAGGGCGCUCUCUAGGAUCUGCUGGUGUGCACCUGCAGUCAAGUCCGAAAUUUGGAAGCGACGAGGAUUGUUCAAGCAUAACCUCUGGAUCUGUGGGAGCCAACAGCAUGACAUGGGCUCCUGGAGGCCCACCCAGCUCAAGGGGUAACACGCUGGAGAGGGCACACAACAGCAGUCUGAACAUGUUAACUCAGGAGGUGCAGGAGCUUCGCGAUGCACAUGCACGGCUAGAUGAGACAGUGGAAAAUCUGAAGGGCAAUUAUCUUAAGGAGUGCACGCUAAUGAUGCAGGCAUUACAGGAGGAGAGGUUUAGGUGUGAGCGUUUAGAGGAACAGCUAAAUGAUCUUACUGAGCUUCACCAGAACGAGAUCUUGAACCUGAAACACGAGCUGGCCAGCAUGGAGGAGAAGAUCGCAUAUCAGUCCAAUGAGAGGGCCCGUGACCUACAGGAUGCUUUGGAGGCUUGUCAGACACGCAUUUCUAAGAUGGAGCUGCAACAGGUGGUGCAGUUGGAAGGUUUGGAAAACCCUACAGCACGCACUCUGCUGGGCAAACUCAUCAAUGUACUGCUGGCCCUUAUGGCCGUCCUGCUCGUAUUUGUGUCUACUGUCGCCAACUGUGUCAUCCCACUGAUGAAGACACAAAUCUGCUCUGUUUCCUCAAUCCUGCUCUUUGUCCUCUUUACUGUCCUUUGGAGGAACUGGGAGGCCUUCUCAGGAAUCACCUACAGCAUUCAGGAUAACUGGCUAAGUUAUGACUUGACUGAAUGAGAUAUAAGCCAGUAUUGCGUUUGAUUUUGCAGUGUAAAGCACAGUACAUACCAAGCUGAUGGUUGGCAGUCUGGCAGGUUUUGAACGUCACUGACUCAAUUUUUGGUAAGUGAUUUUGUGUGUCCCUACUUGAUGAACUGCUGAGAAAAUUUUGUGUAUGUUUACAACUUUCAAGUUUUCUCUAAUUGAAUGGUUUUGGCACAUUGCUUUUCCCUCAUAAUAAUAUUUGUGUUUUAAGUAAGUAUUAUUAAUUUAAUUAUAACUAGUUUAAUGUCACCAGCUUUACUUAAGCUCUUAAUGACGAGUUUUAAUGAAUUAAAUUUUAAUGAAUUUAUUUUAAUAUCACUGGGUGCUUUUAGGGGUUGUAUGAACUUUCAGCUGUGAUUUACAACAACUUUAGUCAAUUAUCAUUGUUGGUUUUACUUUGCUGGAGUGUGAAAGAAGCACUUCAAUUUUAGAAGACCUGCUUUCUACACUGUAAAAAGUUGGAUCAACUUAAAAAAUUACUUCAAUUGUAACACCUAAAAGGUACGUUUUUUUCAACCUAAAAUUUUCAGUUGAAAAAACUUACAAAUUACUUCAAAAGCAGACCUUAUACAAACAGUGAGGGCCAAACUGUCCCAGGCCAUAAAGGAAGCAAAGGUGCACAUGUCAAGAAUACACAGACAUUUCUGAGAUGGCUCUCAUGACUGACAUGUUUAACACCGCUGUGAGCACACCCAAACACCUACAUUUUUUUUAUUUGAUCCAACUUUUCACUUUUUACAGUGUGGAAAAACAGACUGAUGGAUGUACAAGUGGACUUCUGUAUUGUGACAAAAACGCUGAUCAAAACAUGUUCAUUAAAAAAGAGGUAUGCACCUUUUCAGAGGGGCCUGCUCACUCUUGCAUCAGAGAAAGUGUGUAUUGUACUAAAGUAGGGCUCAUUUUUGUAGUUUUUGUUUGAAUAAGGUUUUAUUGAUGUUUUUGAUAUGUCAAAAACGAAACUAAACUGUACAUUUUUGUGUUUACUGUAUUUAGUUUUAAUAAAUACUGACGAUGAUCUUAAA